AUGUUGUUUCUGUUUGCGCUUGUAAGUCUGGUGUGUACCUUUGUUUGUGCAGUCCAACUCAAUGAGACCGACUAUGAAGGUUCUUUGAAUACGCUUGUGAACGGUCUUGCAGACGAAACUUAUGGAGACGAAGGUAUUAUAAGCCAUACGGGUGUUUACGAGAGCUUGUACAAGGAUGACUUGAGCCAGUUCAACUAUACCAUGGAUUUUAUGUCUGGAGACAAUUAUGGAAAAGUGGAGGCUCUAUUGAAUUUAGCAUCUAAAGCUAAUGACAAGGGUUUCGUUGGAGAUCUUAUAUACCUAGCUCAUUUUGCAUCUGCCGGCGGUUAUAAUGGGUAUAUGCAGUUGAAUGAUGAAUCUAGUUUCGCUAAAGAUUUGCUUGGUUUUUGCGAGAACGAUGCGACAAUCUUUACAAAGCUUAGCCAGUCUAGCUCGAAUAAAAAACUGCAAGACUUCUUCGAAAGUUUGGUCUCUCCAGAAUCGGAUGCUUCCUCCAACAACAAACUGGGAAGCGUUACGAUGGUACUUAUACCUGCAACACUAAACAUACUGCAUCAAGAGAAUCCUGCUCUUUAUUGUACGGUUAUUUAUCAAGAAGUACUUGGACUAUUUCAGGAGGGCCUCGUGCUGCUUGCUACUCCGGUUGCUGUGUCUCUUGGAGUAUGAAAGCUCCUGCACAAGCAACUGAAUUGGCCCCACGAGUUAACACUUGUUUGCAAACCUGCCCAAACCCGACAUUCAGCUGUAUUAACCGUGACGUUGUCAUUGGCAAUGUAUAUGGAGUAGAUGUUUGUGUCAGUGGAAGGACUCAAUUUUGCCAUUAG